AUGGCCGAGACUAACCCGAGGGGCGACGUUGGUCAACCGGAUGCCCUCUCUACUGCGGUUGUGGCUCUCUACCUUACUGAGGAGACAGGCCUACCGUGCAACACAAAGGACUAUGAGAUAACCGCCCUCGAAGUAACGAACUCCACAGGAGCUCCAGUGGAAAGGCGGGCGUUACGGGUUACAUUCGAUGAGAACACUUCUACCAAGCAGCAACGUCACCUGCUCACAUUUGGAUCUGAUGAUCAACAGUGUAUCGUCAUCCUCAAGGCAACUGAGGCGAGUCCGAUUCACUGCAAAAUCUACGCCCAACUAAACUCUGGCGCCAAUGUCUGGGUGAUAGAGGAUACCUCUGACCAUGGAACCGAAUACGUGGACGAAGAAUCACGACUCACCGGCAUAUCCAAAAAAGUCGUCGGUCGCAGAGUCGCAGCGCAUGGACUGUGUCGCAUCCGAGUUGGACGUAAUAUCUUCACCAUUUGGUCGCCCUCAGAUCAACAGGAGAAAUCUCGGCGUGAGCGUUGGUUCCAGGACCUUGACCCCAUUCUUGUUACUGAGGAUCUCCUACGAGAACAGCUCCAUGGCGUCGCAGCAGACUACCGCCCAUUAGGUGUCAUCGGCCACGGUGGGAUGGGCGAGGUGUUUCAGUACAUGGAACUGACGACUGGCCUUAUGAUAGCUGUCAAGGAAGAGGAGGUGAAAAGCAAGGAGACAGAUGAGCGCAUUAAAAAAGAAAUUGGGUACAUGCAGACUUUAAAACAUCCAAACCUCGUUCAGUAUAUUACUAGCAGGCCUACUACAAAUGCAGGGGUCAAGAAAUGGCAUACGGCUAUGCCGUUGUACCAAGGACGGCUAUUGGAUCUAUUGCCUCUUGAGGUCACUGCUAUUGAGGACGUCAUGCUUCAACUGUUUGAUGCCGUAAGUUACAUGCACAGACAACGGGUCCUACAUAAAGACAUCAAGCCCGAAAACAUUCUUGUGAAAGGAAAAUCACGGCCAGAUAUCGUUCUGGCGGACUAUGGAAUAUGCGCAUCUCUGAACAACCGGGCUGAACUCAUGGCACCCACUGGCACCCCCGGAUUCGCCGCACCCGAAGUCUCGCGGAUGGUCGUGCAAACACCGGCUGGUGAUGUAUUUUCACUAGGGGCUACUUUCUUCUUCGUCUUGGAGCCAGAGAGGUGCAACGGGCAGCGGGCCACUAUUGCAACUCUGGAGAACGUUAUGCGUCGUCCACCAAAAGUAUAUGGCGGUCUCGUGCAGAGUAUGAUGGCUCAUGACCCAAGAGAGCGCCCAUCCCUGAAAGAAUGCUCCGAAAUUGUGAAAGCAAAACAACGUGGUUGGAAGAAACGGACUCCCUUGGUCCUACUGCCAUCACCUGUACCCUCCGCUUCUGGCCCACGUCGGAGUCAGAGAGUUCAGAAUGCCAUGGUACAGGAUCCCCCUAUUCUUGACUUGGCGAGAUUCACUGCUCGCAAGCCCAGGCUUGCGCCAAUUGUGGAGAACAGACAGCAUCAAAUACCAGCAACGCUUAACUUCAAAGCUUGGGAUCAGGUCGGGAGAAUACAGGGAUCAAAGGCAUUGAACCCACCAACAGCGCCAUUGCGCAAGCCUCAAGUACCUGCUCCGGUGCAGAGAGUCGACUUCUCCGUUCCUCCACCAUCCAUCCCAUCCAACCUCUUCGCAAACCCGGAUCGAGGUUCUGUAUCAAACAUUGCCCUCCCAGCCCGCCGGCAAGCAGCCCCAGCAAAUCACGAACCAGCUCGCACCCCUAUCCAUAAACCCGACAACGACGUUAAACGCAAGAUCCGCCGUGGUUGCGAACGCCGCAAAAUGAUCGAACGCUGGCACAGCAUCCGCGUUCAGAAGAACAAAGUCUGCCGCGCCGCUGGGGAACUCGCAUCCGGAACACCACUGAACAUCGCCCGUGGUCUACGCGAUAUAACGAAUGGCGGUCUCGGCUUCACGGGUCAAUACCUAGGACUGAUCUUCACGGAUCUGGCCGCCGCAGCGCCCGCACUUCGCCACAUAGCUCCACAGACCAGCAGGUGGGGCUUGAAUACCAACAAACGCUUGAUGUACGGCUUGAAGUCCCAGAGCCUCUGGCCCAUGACGCCGGAAGAGUUUGAGGCGGAGCGGCUGCAGUCGGACUUGAACUUCCCGAAUACGACCGAGGGCAAACGCUUCCAAGCCAGGUUGGAUGCACAGGCGGAAUACUGGCGACGGGAGCAAGAAAGGACACGGGCUGCAGAACGGGAAAUGGAGAGGCGGGAGGCACCUCGAAUGGGUCGGCUGCCUCAGUGCGUGCCUCGUGGCAGGUAG